GAACCCCACCAAAUGAACGAGAGCCUUUCCAACAGCUAAUUUUUCUCUCUCGCGGAAGCUCUGAUAUCUGUCAAUUAAGUAGAUAAAAAUUCAUGGGUCACUAGUAUCUGUAAACGGAUGAGAUAGCCAAAAACAACCACCACUCUUUGAAUGGCGCUUUGUUCAUCACUCUCGUUACUCCCUCCCAUCACUUCCCAGCCCAAACUCACUUCCACCAAAUCCUUCUCAUCUCCAAUACCACCCAACUUGCAUGGCCUCUUGACCAAGACUAACAGGUUCUCUUUGAAAGCUGGUUUUAAUGAGAUUGAGCCUGACCUCAACGAAGAUCCUAGGGAUCAGUUUGCCCUUAACAGCAUUGACUCUGAAGAUUUCGAGUAUGGAAUUUUCGAUGGACAUCACACUUACUAUGAAGGAGAACAUGAGAAAGGAACAUUUUGGGGUUCUAUUGCAGAAGAUAUAGCAGCAACAGAGCCCCCCACAGGAUUCCAGGGGAUUAUUUCAUGGCUCUUCCCACCAGCUAUCGCUGCUGGGGUGUUCUUCGAUGUUCCGGGGGAGUACUUGUACAUUGCAGCAGGCAUAUUUACAAUUGUAUUUUGCGUUAUUGAGAUGGAUAAACCUGAUAAACCUCACCACUUUGAACCUCAAAUAUACAACAUGGAGAGGGGAUCUCGAGACAAGUUGAUAAGUGACUACAACACCAUGAGCAUAUGGGAUUUCAAUGAAAAAUAUGGGGACAUUUGGGAUUUUACAAUCAAGAAGGAUGACAUAAUCACCAGAUAGUUCUUUAGAACAUAUGCCAUUUGAUGUCAAUUCUUGAAUAUAAUGAUUCAUCAAUAUUAAGGCCACCCUUUUAAGUUUGUUAUGUUGUUUUCACUGUAUACUUUUCCCUCUUUUAUGUUAAUGUUGGAUCAAAAGGUGUA